AUGUCAAAACCCGGACGCCCAAACUUGUCGCUGGCUGGUAAAAGAGAAGCGCCAGUUCAGCAGAAGAAAUCAAGAGGAGGAUCUUCGUCGGAUAGAGGAGCUGGCCGAGGACGUGGUGGUCGUGGUCGUGGAGCUCGGCCGAGGCAGGAACUCAUCCAGACGGGUGGAGUGUUCUCGGAAGGAUUGGGAGGCGAUAUAUCGAAGAAGAAAGGGAAGGAAGAUGUUGGACAAUUUUUCUACGCUAAACGACCGACAGGAAGUGGUGGAGGAGGACCAUCAUCGUCAACUGCAGAAGAAAAGAAAGACGAGAAAAUCGAAAAAAAGAAUGUCGCAGGGAAAGCUUCAUUCGAAGGAUGGGAGGAGUUGUGGCGAAGUGAUGAUGAGGGAGAUGAGGAAGAGCUCAAAAGUUUACAUCCUCGUUCAAUCAUCAGUGAUCUGAGACGCGGAAACGUGAUGCCAGUGGUACUGCCAGUCGAUGAUCAAUCCCAAUUCUUGAACAUCAUUCACAAAAGUGCUCGUCUAUCAUUGGAAGAAGAGGAUCAGGAAGAGCAGGAAGACAAAAAACAAGUACAGCACUCUACUAGAAGGAAGCAUAAAAGACAGACGCCUGAGCAGCUGAUUAGUAUGCUCGAAAGCUCCACAGGUGAUCUUCUUCACCUCCAACUUCCUUCUGUUGUCGGAGCGAUUUGUAAUGUUAUUGAAGCAGCAAGUGUAGAAGUGCCAAUGGAAGUUGAUGAUGAAGGUACUGACAUGCCGGCUGGUAUUCCAACAGCUCCACCUCCACCCACCGGUCUCCCGCAAAGUAGGCGAAUUGGAAAGCUGCAAGUCACGAAAAAAGGUCGGCUCAUUCUCCAAGUCGGAGGACAUUCUAUCGAUAUCACCGCCAAACCGACAGCUGGAAAACAACAGGGAACGGUGUUACUUGAGGUGGAUCCGAACGCUGAUCAAGUGCAAGCACCGUCUACAUUCUCAUUCCAAUCUAAUAAAACAAUCGAAAACUCUCUGUAUCACCUCGGAAAUGUGAAGCACAACCUUGUUGGUUCAAUGACGUGGGGAGGAUUGAGUGAGAAAUCGAAGGAAGAGGAAGAAAGUAAGAAAGCGAAUGAAGUUGAGAUGCAAGCGGAAGAAACGACAGGAAAUGAUGAUCAAGAGAAGAUCGAACAACUGGAACGAGAGCAGGCGAAAUGGGCGAAUUUAGCCGCGAGAUGGGCAACCGGACUGCCAACUGCAAGGCAUGAAAUCUAA